GGCCAGCUGUAGCUACCCAUAAUGCACAAAGUUCUGUGUUGGAAAAGUAUGUGUUGGCAAAACUCGAAACAGGAGAGCUGCAACUCUUAUGUCCACAUUUGCUACGAAAAUGGAUUAUGCCCACACACUGUGUCUCAAUUGCAGAAGAGAGUUGAACUGAAGACGGAUUAAAGCAGAGUUAGUGCGAUGGCAGCCUCAGAGCUGUAUUCGAAGAAUGUCCGAGUAUGGCUUCCAGAUGCAGCAGAGGUGUGGAAGUCAGCAGAGCUCACGAGAGACUACACCCCGGGGGACAAAGUUAUCCAUCUCCAGCUCGAGGAUGGCACGAAUGUGGAACACAAAAUUGACCCCCAGACCCAAAGUUUACCCUACUUAAGAAAUCCUGACAUCUUGGUGGGGGAGAACGACCUCACAGCACUCAGCUACCUCAACGAGCCUGCUGUCCUCCACAACCUCAAAGUGCGCUUUAUCGACUCCAAGUUGAUUUACACGUACUGUGGCAUUGUCUUGGUUGCCAUCAAUCCCUAUGAGAGUCUACCUAUUUAUGACUCUGACAUCAUCAAUGCCUACAGUGGACAAAACAUGGGGGACAUGGACCCUCAUAUAUUUGCUGUUGCUGAAGAAGCGUACAAACAGAUGGCCAGAAAUGAAAGGAAUCAGUCCAUCAUCGUGAGUGGAGAGUCGGGUGCUGGAAAAACUGUCUCUGCCAAGUAUGCCAUGCGUUACUUUGCCACAGUCAGCAGCUCCAGCGAUGCCAACAUCGAGGACAGGGUCUUGGCCUCCAACCCCAUCAUGGAGGCGAUAGGAAACGCCAAGACAACCAGAAAUGACAACAGCAGUCGCUUUGGGAAGUACAUCGAGAUUGGCUUUGACAAGAAGCAUCACAUUAUCGGGGCUAACAUGAGAACGUACCUCCUCGAGAAAUCUAGAGUCGUUUUCCAGGCGCAUGGAGAGAGGAAUUAUCACAUUUUCUACCAGCUGUGUGCCUCCUCCCAUCUUCAAGAGUUCAAAGCUUUGAAGUUGGGUAGCGCAGAAGACUUCCACUGUACUAACCAUGGUCGCAGCCCAGUGAUAGAAGGAGUUGAUGACGCCAAGGAAAUGUACAGCACCAGGAAGGCUCUCUCAUUGUUGGGAAUCAGUGAAGCAUAUCAAAUCGCAGUAUUUCAAAUCCUUGCUGCGGUUCUUCAUCUGGGCAAUGUGGAGGUGAAGGAUAGUAGUGGAGACAGAAGCACCAUCUUGCCUGACAACAGUCACCUGACUGUGUUCUGUGAGCUGCUGGGUGUGCCCUAUCAGGAUAUGGCCCACUGGUUGUGUCACAGCAAGCUGAAGACUACAACUGAGGUCUACGUUAAGCCUUUCUCCAAGGUGAACGCCGUCAACGCCAGAGAUGCCCUCGCUAAACACAUCUACGCGAAACUCUUCUCCUGGAUCGUCAAUCAUAUCAACGAAGCCUUGCAGUCUGCCAGCAAGCAGCACUCCUUCAUCGGGGUUUUAGACAUUUAUGGGUUUGAAACAUUUGAUGUCAACAGCUUUGAGCAGUUUUGCAUAAAUUAUGCCAAUGAGAAGCUUCAGCAACAGUUUAACAUGCACGUGUUCAAGCUGGAGCAGGAGGAGUACUUGAAGGAGCAGAUCCCCUGGACGCUGAUUGACUUCUCUGAUAACCAGCCGUGCAUCGACCUGAUUGAAGCCAAGAUGGGAGUUCUGGAUCUUCUGGACGAGGAGUGCAAAAUGCCCAAAGGUUCCAAUGACUCAUGGGCCCAGAAACUCUACAACACCCUCCUGAAGCAGAAAGCUCACUUUGAGAAGCCUCGUAUGUCUAACAAGGCCUUCAUCAUCCUACACUUUGCAGACAAGGUGGAGUAUCAGUGUGAAGGGUUCCUGGAGAAGAACAAGGACACAGUCAAUGAAGAACAGAUAAAUGUUCUGAAACUAAGCAAGUUUGAGCUGCUGCUGGAGCUGUUCCAGGAAGAGAGGCCCACAAGCACAGCAAUGACACGGUCUGGUCAUGCCCAGAGGGAUCACAAGAAGACUGUCGGCCUGCAAUUUCGCAAUUCUCUACACUUACUGAUGGAGACCCUGAACGCCACCACUCCCCACUAUGUCCGAUGCAUCAAGCCCAAUGACCUCAAAACUCCUUUCACGAUGGACCCGGUGAGGGCUGUACAGCAGCUAAGGGCCUGUGGCGUUCUGGAAACUAUUCGCAUCUCGGCCGCGGGCUUCCCAUCUAGGUGGACCUAUCAAGAGUUUUUCAGCCGCUACCGGGUUCUGAUGACACAAAAAGAUGUUCUCUCGGACAGGAAGCUGACCUGCAAGAAUGUCCUGGAGAAAUUAGUUAAGGACCAGGACAAGUACCAGUUUGGCAAAAACAAAAUCUUCUUCCGGGCUGGCCAGGUAGCCUACCUGGAGAAGUUGCGCUCAGACAAACUGCGGAAAGCCUGUGUCCGGAUCCAGAAGACCAUCCGCUGCUGGGUGGCCCGCAAGAAGUACCUGAGGAUGAAGACGGGUGCCGUCACACUACAGAGAUAUGUACGCGGCCAUCAGGCCCGUUGUCUUGUCAAGUUUAUGCGGCGGACUAAGGCUGCAGUCGUCGUUCAGAGAAACGUGCGGAUGUGGGCGACCAGGAGGCGUUACCAGAAACUGCGCCAGGCGGCCAUUACGGUGCAGUGCUACCUACGGGCCUACAGGGCCAGACAGCACUAUCACAAGCUGCUGUAUGAACACAAGGCUGUGGUGGUCCAGAGGCGGGUGCGAGGCUGGCUGGCCCGGCGCAGGUACAGGCGCACCCUGGAGGCCGUGGUCCUGCUGCAGAGCUGCGUCCGGCGCCUCAGCGCCAAGCGGCAGCUGAAGAAGCUGAAGGUGGAGGCCCGCUCGGUGGAGCACUUCAAGAAGCUCAACGUAGGCAUGGAGAACAAGAUCAUGCAGCUGCAGCGCAAGGUGGACGAGCAGCACAAGGAGAACAGAGAGCUCAGUGAGAGGCUGGGUGGCCAGGAGAGGUCCCAGGCCGGCGAAAGCGAGAGGCUGGGGAGGGAGGUGGAGCGCCUGCGUGCGGCGGAGGAAGAGGCCCGGGGCAAGGCGGAGAGGGUCCCCUCCCUCCUGGAACAGCUGUCCUUCCUCCGUCAGGAGCUGGAGACCACCCGCGGGGAGAAGGAGGCCGUAGAGGAGCAGGCCAAGACCUACAAGCAGAAAAUGGAGCAGUCUCUGGCAGAGUUGAAUGCCAAAAACAGCUUGAUGAACAGCGAGAGAAACAACCUGAAUCAGCUGAUCGAGGAACAGGACCAGCAGAUUUCAGAGAUCAAGGCCGAGGUGGCAAACAGCCAGCAAAUGGAGAGAGACCUGACAGAGGAGCGCUCCCGCUACCAGAGUCUGCUGAGUGAACACCUGCACCUGGAGGAACGCUACGGUGACCUGAAGGAUGAGAUGAGACUGAGUGUGCAGGGCACACGCAAGCCUGGGCACAGGAGAACAGACUCCAACUACAGCAGCAACGGGUCAGAGGGCACCCAAAGUUCUGGAUUCCCAGAGGACAGCUCUGUACGAAGCGAGGAUGUGACCGAGACUGCUGUGGACAUGCCGGUCCUUCUGAAGCUGCAGUGGAGAGUCAAGGAGCUGGAGCAGGACAAGCAGGGUCUGCGGCGCCAGCUGGACCGGAGAGAGGACGUCCAGAUUAACAAGGCCAAGGAGGCCGAGGAGCAGAAGACCGCUGGUAGGGCUGAGCUGGACAUGGAGGCUCUCAAGCGGCAGGAGUUGGAGUCUGAGAAUAAGAAGCUGAAGCAGGACUUGGGCGAGCUGCGUCAGUCCCUGACCGAGGACUGUGGCUCUCCAGCGCCCCCUAGUCCCGGCUCCCUGCCCUACAAGGUGCUGCUGGAGCAGCUCAACACCUCCAACGAGGAGCUGGACAUGCGCAAGGAGGAGGUGCUGCUUCUCCGCUCCCAUCUGGUGCGCCAGGAGGCGCUCAAACACAAGGACUCAAUGUUGGGAGAAGGGCUGAAUCUAAAGGAUAUUAGUGAGAUCCCACUGCCGUCUAUACAUCCACAUAAGUCUGACAGAUCCGCUCCUGACGUCCACACUCUGAACGAGGAUGGAGAGCUCUGGCUGGCCUACGAGGGGCUAAAGGAGACAAACCGGGUGCUGGAGGCCCAGUUGCGGCUGCAGGACAGGAGUCACGAGGAGGAGUGUGAGGAGAUGCGUGAGGAGGUGCGCAGGGCGAGGGAAGACAACCGGCAGCAGCAGCAGCUCAUGGCCCAGAGCCUCUACCUGCCCCAGGGCGCUCGCAUCGACGCCGGCCUCCAGCACGAGAUGACACGCCUCACUAACGAGAACCUGGAUCUAAUGGAACAGCAGGGGAAGCAGGACAAGGUCAUACGCAAACUCAAGAAACAGCUUAAACUCUACGUGAAAAAGCUGGAGGAGUUUGAAGCUGGAGGGCUGCAGGAGAGUGUUCCCUCUCAGUCGGUCCACCGGGCCAGUAUCAGCCGCAAGGAGAAGGACUUCCAGGGCAUGCUGGAGUACAAGAGAGGGGAUGAGAGCCGGCUGCUGAAAAACCUAGUCGUCGACCUGAAGCCUCGCGGCGUGGCUGUCAACUUGGUGCCCGGGCUUCCUGCCUUCAUCCUCUUCAUGUGCCUGCGCCACGCCGACUAUGCCAACGACGACCAGAGAGUCAGCACCCUGCUGAACACCACCAUCAACAGCGUGAAGGGCGUGAUCAAGAGGAGAGGUGACGACUUCGACACAGUGUCUUUCUGGUUGGCCAACACAUGCCGGUUCCUGUACUGUCUGAAGCAGUACAGUGGAGAGGAGGCGUUUAUCAAGUUCAACACUCCCAGACAGAAUGAGCACUGUCUUUCCAACUUCGACCUGUCAGAGUACCAUCAGGUUCUGAGUGACCUAGCAAUCCAGAUCUACCAGCAGCUUGUUAAGUGUAUGGAGGAGAUCCUUCACCCAAUGAUAGUCUCAGGUAUGCUGGAACAUGAGACCAUCCAGGGAGUGCUUGGAGCCAAGCCCACAGGUCUCAGGAAGAGGACCUCCCCUGAGGAGGAUGCCCACACCGUGGAUACCAUCAUGCAGCAGCUCAGCCUCUUCCACGCCUCCAUGACCCAGCACGGCAUGGACCCCGAGCUCAUCAAGCAGGUGGUCAAGCAGCAGUUCUACAUCAUCUGCUCCGUCACCCUCAACAACCUGCUGCUGCGGAAAGACAUGUGCUCCUGGAGCAAAGGCCUGCAGAUCAGGUAUAACGUGUGGCAGUUGGAGGAGUGGCUGGUGGAGAGGGAUCUGAUCAGCAGUGGUGCCAAGGAGACCCUGGAGCCCCUCAUCCAGGCCGCACAGCUGCUGCAGGUGAAGAAGAAAACGGAGGAAGACGCCAAAGCCAUCAGCACCAUGUGUAGCGCCCUCACCACAUCACAGAUUGUGAAAGUGCUGAACCUGUACACCCCAGUAAUGGAAUUUGAGGAACGAGUUUCGGUGAAAUUUAUCCAAACUAUACAGACCCUUUUGAAAGACCGAGUUGAUUCUCCAAUGUUGCUCAUGGACUCCAGGAAGAUAUUCUCCAUCACUUUUACAUUUGCACCCUCUACCAUUGCCCUGGAGACCAUCCAGAUCCCCAGCAGUCUCAACCUGGACUUCCUCAUCCGGAUUUAAGACCCCUGACAGCUGUGACUCCAUGCAGGGAACCACCAUUCGUACCAAAGACAAGCCAUUUCCCACCCAUAUACUGUAAACCAUGCAGGGAUUAUAUCAGCUUUAAUAGAUAAACAGUUGUCCUGAAUACAUGGAAGAAUGGAUAUUGCUUAUACUUCACCAAACACAUUAUAGUAAAUUUAAUAUUUUCUACAUGUAUGUAUUUUAUUGGCACAAUUUAUGCUUUUUGCCAUGUAUAGGCACUGGGAUUAUAUAAAAUGUUACAGCAUCGUUUUAAAUUGAAAGUAUUUUGAUUCCUUUGACUUCCACCCUGAGAACAGUAUUUAUUAUACCAUAGGUGAAGAGCUAAUCUCAAGAAUGUUUUUCCUGCACAUUUUGCAGUUGAUAUUGGUGAAAGCUUUUAUACAGAUCAGAUAUAGUUCAACGUUAAGGGAUAUCCUUUACAUUUCUGAAAUAUUUGAUUAUGUGGCUGAUACUGAAUACAUACCGUGUUGCAUUUAUUGCCUUCUGAUGAAGUCAAUAAAUUUUGUUUGAGGAGCACUUUCACAGCCUCUGGAUCCAGCCAGUCUCAUCGUCUGCUUCAUACAGUAUUUGUGCCUUGCUUUCUUAGCAAAUUCCUUCUUAAUGGUGUUCUCUAAUGCACUGCCACCUUUAUAAUGUAUGACUACAGUUGAAUAAAAGAUCAUUA